CGGAGCCUCUGCCCUCGCCUCGCACCCCGCUCGGGGCCUCCGCGGAGCCCGGAACGUGGGCAGGCUGGAAGUAUGGCAAGCUGCGAACAUGGUCUCUGCCAGCAGGGUCCCCGCGAUCGCCGCGUGCUGCCGGGUGGGCUUCGCGCUCCUGCCCGUCCUGUGCCUGGCGGCCUGUUUAAACGAAUCACCAGAACAGAACCAAAAGGAGGAGAAAUUAUGCCCGGAGAAUUUUACCCGCAUCCUGGACAGCUUGCUCGAUGGUUAUGACAACAGGCUGCGCCCUGGAUUUGGGGGUCCUGUUACAGAAGUAAAAACUGACAUAUAUGUCACCAGCUUUGGACCUGUCUCUGAUGUUGAAAUGGAAUACACAAUGGAUGUGUUCUUCAGACAGACGUGGAUUGACAAAAGACUAAAGUAUGAUGGCCCAAUUGAAAUUUUGAGAUUGAACAAUAUGAUGGUAACAAAAGUAUGGACCCCUGAUACUUUCUUCAGGAAUGGAAAGAAAUCUGUUUCACAUAAUAUGACAGCUCCAAAUAAGCUUUUUAGAAUUAUGAGGAAUGGCACUAUUUUAUACACAAUGAGACUCACCAUAAGUGCAGAGUGUCCCAUGAGAUUGGUGGAUUUCCCCAUGGAUGGUCAUGCAUGCCCUUUGAAAUUUGGAAGUUAUGCGUAUCCGAAGAGCGAGAUGAUUUAUACCUGGACCAAAGGCCCUGAGAAAUCAGUGGAAGUUCCAAAGGAGUCGUCCAGCUUGGUCCAAUAUGACUUGAUUGGGCAAACUGUAUCAAGUGAAACUAUCAAGUCCAUUACGGGUGAAUAUAUUGUUAUGACAGUUUAUUUCCACCUGAGACGGAAGAUGGGUUACUUUAUGAUUCAGACCUACAUUCCAUGUAUUAUGACAGUGAUUCUUUCUCAGGUUUCAUUCUGGAUAAACAAAGAAUCAGUUCCAGCUAGGACUGUAUUUGGAAUAACCACAGUCCUCACCAUGACCACACUGAGCAUCAGUGCACGGCAUUCAUUGCCCAAAGUAUCCUAUGCGACGGCCAUGGAUUGGUUCAUAGCUGUUUGCUUUGCUUUCGUGUUUUCUGCCCUUAUUGAGUUUGCUGCUGUCAAUUAUUUUACCAAUAUUCAAAUGGAAAAAGCCAAAAGGAAGUCAUCAAAAGCCCUCCAGGAAAUACCAGCUGCUCCAGUGCAGAGAGAAAAGCAUCCCGAAGCACCUCUGCAGAACACAAAUGCCAAUCUGAACAUGAGAAAAAGAACAAAUGCCUCGGUUCACUCUGAGUCUGAUGUUGGCAACAGAACCGAGGUGGGAAACCAUUCGAGCAAAUCUUCCACAGUUAUUCAAGGAUCUUCUGAAGCCACACCACAGUCUUACUUAGCUGCCAGUCCAAACCCAUUCAGCCAUGCAAAUGCAGCUGAAACAAUAUCUGCUGCAAGAGCACCUCUAUCUGCUCCUUCCUCUACUCCUAGUAGAACUGGGUAUGUGUCCCAACAGGCUUCUGUUGGAUCUGCUUCUACCCACCGUGUGUUUGGAUCAAGACUGGAGCGAAUUAAGACCACUGUUAAUACCAUAGGCGCUUCUGGGAAGUUGUCAGCCACUACUCCUCCCUCUGCUCCACCACCGUCUGGAUCUGGCACAAGCAAAAUAGACAAAUACGCCCGCAUUCUCUUUCCAGUAACAUUCGGGGCAUUUAACAUGGUCUAUUGGGUUGUUUAUUUAUCUAAGGACACUAUGGAGAAGUCAGAGAGUCUAAUGUAAUUUUGUUGUUAGAGUAGUUUCCUAAAAGAUGAUGAACUUAAUGCAGAAUGCCUUUUUAAAUGUUUUUAAAGAUUAAACCAUUGUUCUUUAUUGAAAUAAAAAGUCUAUGUAAUUUUUACAUUUAAAAAAUUCAAGCCAGUUAUUGGGAGAGUUAAUUCAUUCCUCAGUGAAGAGAGAGUGAGCCAUCUUUCAUUUCAGAAAAAUGAUUUGAAUAGAAUCAAUUCAGCAUUCAAAUUAGAACAUUGCAGACCAUCCUGGAAAGUUGGGUCAAGAGAAAUAGGGCUAUUAGAGAUACGUGGUACAUAUUUAUGCAUUGAAAUUUGAAAACAGACUAUGACAUUUUUUAAUAUACACUAUGAAUAUCAACCAACCACCCUAAAUUUCCCAGUGGCACUGCCCUUAAUCAGAAUUAUCGGAUAUCAUACGCGGUGACCUUUGGAGAUCCUUCUAGUAUCUACAAGAAAAGGACUUUCCUUGUUAAAUGAAACAUUUUUAAAAGGAAAUGGGACAAAACAAAUACCAGUGUGUGAAACCUCUGCUGCAUCAAAAACAAAAACAGAGACCAGGGAAGAUGUGUUCCCUGUCUUAUGUUGGCCAAACAGGACUUAAACACUUGACUUGAAAAAUCUGUGCUUUGAGCCAAAGUUUAUCUCAUUGUAUGAAUUCUUUUUGAUAGUAGUUCAUUCAGUUAUGUAUUCUUUAACAUAUAGUUAUUCAGAGCCUACUGUGUUCCAGGCACUAUGCUAGACACUGUGUCUCUAGGAAAGCUCUUUCACCUUUACCUACAAUAUUACUUGAAUAGUAGAACAGUCAGUGCAUGCUAAUGAACCAUAAACUAGCAGAGGACAUUGCAUUCUUUAAUGGGAGAAAUUUUUUUAGAGUCUGAGAGCAUAUUGAAAAUAUUUGCUUCUCCUGUAUUAAUAGAGGGUAACACAUUAGCACAGCUUCAGCAAUUGACUUCAAAAUAUAAUGAAAAUGUGUACAGAUUGCUCUCUGAGUAAGAAGCACUGCUUACCUAAGAGGAGAAAUCUGGGCACUGUAAGAUCAUAUAAAGUAUCUGUCUCAAAUUUGAUCAGAAUAGUAGGAUAGAAUUCGAUCAGAAUCUUAGAAUCAUCAGAAUUAGGGACUCAAUACAAGGCCUUUUAGAUGCUUUUCCCAACAUAGAUCUAUAUGGCUGGUGAGAUGCUAAUCUUCUGGAAAGUUUUUGUGUUGGUAGUUUGUAUUUCUGGGAAGUUUGGUGUUUUGGGGGGAGGGCAGUUUUUGUACAGUUUCAUAACUAAGGUGAGUAUUUUUAAAAGAGCAGCAAAGGAAUGGAGGAAAGAAGAAAAAUCAUAGCUAGGGGGUAGGACUCUGCUGACUCUGUUAAGCAAUUUAUCAGGAUUUUCAUGUACUAACUUUUCUUUUUCAUUACAUAGGCUUAACAACUUAAUUGAAUUUCUUGCAGCUGUCUUAUGACACUAAAUCUAGGUCUAGUUUUUUGUUGUGUUGCUUCCAGAUUUUUCUUCUAUAUUUCUUUCUUUCUGAUCUGGAUUGUGUGAAUGAAUGUGUUCCGGAUGUUUGGGGGGAACAUUUUGAUAAAAAUGGCCACCUUCCAAGAAGAAUCUCUUAUAUUUUAGAAAAGAAAUGAUAUUUAUUAAUUGCCAUUAGUUUUUCAGCUAUUGCAUUGCCUUGGAAUGGUUGUGUAUGAGAACUGUAUGUAACGUGCAAAUGCCAAAUAUUGUGAGUUAUAUCUGAGAAUUCCUUUUUUGGCUAUCACUCUAGGCAUGUCCUAGAAUCACUAACAAUUUUAAGGCUGAAAGAUGCCUUAGAAAUCAUCCAAUCCAAGUCCUUAUUUAAAAAUUGAUGCCAGUAAUAUGAGGCCAAAUAAAAUUUGUAUAUAUGUAUAUAUUUAAU